AUGGCAAGAAAUGCUGAGAAAGCGAUGACCGCUUUGGCGCGAUGGCGUCGAUUGAAAGAGAAAGGAAGAAAAGAUCAUAUUGUUGUCAAAGAUGUACUUCUACCACUCUUCCCUUUCCCUUUUUGUCGACAUGCUGAGACACGUUCUUUUCAGGGUCCAAUAGCAAAAAGACCACACGACACGAGUCUUUGCUCAAACUUAGAUGAUGCAGAGCGUUUUCGUCGCGAGAUUGCAAAAGAAAUCGCCAAGAAGAUCGCUCUCAUUCAAAACCCCGGUCUUGGCGAGUUCAAGAUACGUGACCUUAAUGACGAAAUCAACAAAAUGAUUAGGAUCAAAUACGCAUGGGAAAUGCGGAUACGAGAAUUGGGAGGGAUGGACUACAGGAAAAUCUCAGCACGUGAACUUGACAAAGAAGGAAGGGAAGUAGCGUCAAAUCGUGGCUACAAGUAUUUUGGCGCAGCAAAGGAUUUGCCUGGUGUACGGGAGUUGUUUGAAGAGUCGAAGGAGUUAGAGCAAAUGCGAAAGACACGAGCAGAGUUGAUGAAACACGUUGAUGCGGAUUACUAUGGAUAUUUGGAUGAUGACGAUGGUUUGUUGAUACCUCUGGAGAAAGAGGAAGAGAAACGAGCGAUUGAACAAGCUGAAAAAGUUAGUGAAUUUCAGUAUUUUGCUGAGCACGGCGCUGAACGCUUUCAAAAGGAGUUUGGAGAUGAUAUGGAUGAAGAUAUCUACAAAAUCCGAGAUGAUUCCGAUGGCGAAGACAUAGACACUAAGGAAUCGAUUGUGGUGGGUGAGGAUGGCAAGCAGAUGACUAUUUAG